AUUAUUUAGAUAUAAAUUUGCUGUGAUACCAGGGUAGAUGGAGAAAGCCGCAGAUUUUCAUUACAAUGCCGAACAAAAUUACGACGAAGAAACAAUAAUACAACAGCGAGAGAUAGAAAAAGAAAUUGCUGGGUGUCAAGAUCUUGUCGGUCCUAAAGAAGAUUUCACUACAUUGGAUCGAGAGUUUGAACAUGACGUUGCAUUUUUGAAAAAGAUACAGGAUGUGAAGCAACGAUACAGACGAUUUAGAAGAAUUCGAGCCGAUGGUAACUGUUUCUUUCGAGCAUUUGGUUUCGCAUAUUUUGAAAGUUUACUGAAAAAUCCCGAUGAAUUUAAAAGAUUUCAAGAUAUAGCUUUAAAAAGCAAAGAUGAAUUGAUAACCUUAGGUUUUCCGCAGUUCACUCUUGAAGAUUUUCACGAAACGUUCAUGCAGGAAUUGAAUAAAAUCGAAACCAAUAAGUCUAUUGAAGGAGUCCUUCAAACGUUUAACGACUGUGGAACUUCAGACUACAUAGUGGUGUAUUUGAGACUAAUUGUUUCGGGCUUUCUGCAGAAGAACGAAGAUUUUUAUCAGAGUUUCUUAGAUGGCGGACGAACAAUGAGAGAAUUUUGCAAUCAGGAAGUGGAACCAAUGGGUCGAGAAAGUGAUCAUAUUCACAUAAUCGCUCUUAGCCAAGCCACUGGGAUUUGCGUCCAAGUUGAUUAUAUGGAUAGAGGAGAUGGAAAUCUGAUUUCCCAUGUCUUCCCCGAAGAUAGUUCUCCCAGCAUUUAUCUAUUGUACAAACCCGGUCACUACGAUAUUCUUUAUAAAGAAUAA